AUGUUAGAAAACAGUUCAUGCUAUUUGGAUAUAAGUUAUGAGUGUUAUGAGUACCUUGAUUGGUUGACCGUGUUGCCUUGGGGAAAUUUCAGGUUUGCCUUUUGGUUAUAUAUAUAUAUAUAUAUAUAUGUGUGUGUGUGUUGUCCACUGAUUGAGAAGUCUGAUAUAUUAAUUUGGUUUUGCAGUGAUGACAAUUUUGAUGUGCUAAGGGCAGAAAAGAUUCUUAAGGCGGAUCAUUACGGACUAUCUGAUGUAAAAGAAAGAAUUCUAGAGUUUCUUGCCGUGGCAGGACUUAGAGGCACUUCACAAGGGAAGAUCAUAUGUCUCCCAAGGCCUCCUGGAGUAGGUAAAACGAGCAUUGGGCGUUCUAUUGCGCGUGGUCUUGGCCGCAAGUUCUUCCGGUUAUCUGUUGGAGGACUACAUGAUGUUGACGUGAUCAAGGUGUAA